AUGGAGGCGAACGGGAGCGGCAGCGGGAGCAGCAGCGACUCGGCUCCCGACUGCUGGGAUCAGGCAGACAUCGAGCCGGGCAGCGGCGCUGGCUCGGGGUCCGCCCCGCCGGCCGCGGAGGCCGAGGCCCAGCAGGAGCUGCUCGGGGCGGCCUUCAGCCGGCAGCUGAACGUCAACGCCAAGCCCUUCGUGCCCAAUGUCCACGCCGCCGAGUUCGUGCCGUCCUUCCUGAGGGGGGGCCCGGCGCCCGGCCUGCCGCCACCCUCACCCCCGCCAGGCCUGCCGCCGCCACCACCCCCCGGUAAUUGCCGUGCCGGGACAGGGCUAGCCGGCGGGUGGGCGCAGAGGGCGGAGGGAUGGGGGCCAUGUUGGAAGGGCUCGGGGCUGUGCUGCGGAGGGGCCCAGGAAGAGGGUGCACCUAUAGAGACUUCUCCAGAGGAGCAGACAACCUCUUGUGAAGGUUCAAAUGCUGCUGUUAACAUGGAAAUUUCAGAAUCUGUUGUGGAAAAUGGAGAGACAGAGAUGUCCCCAGAAGAGUCAUGGGACCACAAAGAAGAAACAAGUGAAGCAGAGCUAGGAGGUGGUCCCACAGGGGAUGCAGGGCCUUCUGAAGAAAGCGCUCAGGAAAUGAUGGAAGAGGAAGAGGAAAUACCAAAACCGAAAUCUGUUGUAGCACCACCAGGUGCUCCUAAAAAGGAGCAUGUAAAUGUAGUAUUCAUCGGGCAUGUAGAUGCUGGCAAAUCAACUAUUGGAGGACAAAUAAUGUAUUUGACAGGAAUGGUUGACAAAAGAACACUUGAAAAAUAUGAAAGAGAAGCUAAAGAAAAAAACAGAGAAACAUGGUACCUUUCAUGGGCCUUAGACACAAACCAAGAAGAACGAGACAAAGGUAAAACAGUAGAAGUGGGUCGUGCCUAUUUUGAAACUGAGAAGAAACACUUCACUAUUCUAGAUGCUCCUGGACAUAAGAGCUUUGUUCCAAAUAUGAUUGGUGGGGCUUCUCAAGCUGAUCUUGCUGUGCUGGUGAUUUCUGCAAGAAAAGGAGAGUUUGAAACUGGAUUUGAGAAAGGUGGACAAACAAGAGAACAUGCCAUGUUAGCAAAAACAGCAGGUGUAAAGCAUCUAAUAGUUCUUAUUAAUAAAAUGGAUGAUCCAACUGUAAAUUGGAGUAAUGAAAGAUAUGAAGAAUGUAAAGAGAAACUGGUGCCAUUUUUGAAGAAAGUUGGCUUCAAUCCCAAAAAGGAUAUCCAUUUCAUGCCAUGCUCAGGACUGACUGGUGCAAACCUUAAAGAACAGUCAGAGUUCUGUCCUUGGUAUAUUGGAUUACCAUUUAUUCCAUACCUGGAUAAUUUGCCAAACUUCAACCGCUCAGUUGAUGGACCAAUCAGGCUGCCAAUAGUGGAUAAAUAUAAGGAUAUGGGCACUGUGGUCCUUGGGAAGCUGGAGUCGGGCUCUAUUUGCAAAGGACAGCAACUUGUGAUGAUGCCAAACAAGCACAAUGUGGAGGUUCUUGGAAUCCUUUCCGAUGAUGUAGAAACUGAUUCAGUAGCCCCAGGUGAAAAUCUAAAGAUCAGACUGAAGGGAAUUGAAGAGGAAGAGAUCCUUCCAGGAUUUAUUCUCUGUGAUCCCAACAACCUGUGUCAUUCCGGACGCACGUUUGAUGCCCAGAUAGUGAUAAUUGAGCACAAAUCCAUUAUCUGCCCAGGUUAUAAUGCAGUGCUGCACAUCCACACCUGUAUUGAAGAAGUUGAGAUAACAGCCUUAAUCUGCUUGGUAGACAAAAAAACAGGAGAAAAAAGUAAGACACGGCCCCGUUUUGUGAAACAAGAUCAAGUAUGCAUUGCCCGUUUAAGGACAGCAGGAACUAUCUGCCUUGAGACAUUCAAAGAUUUCCCUCAGAUGGGUCGCUUUACCUUAAGAGAUGAGGGUAAGACCAUUGCAAUUGGAAAAGUUCUGAAACUGGUUCCAGAGAAGGACUAAGCAUUUUUCUCAAUGACCCCCGCACAAUACUGUGAGGAAAAUCGACUCUGCAAAAGCCUACUUCACACCGCCUUCUUAUUUUCUGCCCAUUGAUAAACUUUUCCCCAUAUUUUGCAAAGGCAAAUUUCACAGCAAAGGUCCACAUUAUGUCAGCUUUCUCAUAUUGAGAGCUCUGC